UCGUCUGCUUCACUGUCAAACCACAUUUCGCUGUAACAUGGCUACAUCUCUGAAAACUUUGAGCAAUCUGGCUCAAAACAAAAAUGUGCUGAACUUUAGUGCUAGAUAUGUGCAGAUUUUUGGCUAUGGGUUUCAAAGGAAUAGCCAUAUCCUCCGAAAAGAAAAUCCCGAAGAUAAAAUUGUUAUGGCCGACAAUGGAGCCACAAUUGUCUGCUGGCAUCCCGAACCUAAAUUUCCCUAUGAAUGCAGCCUUCCCCUACCAAUCAAAUCAAAUGAAUUAACCCAGAUCCUGAAGACACAAGCUAAAGAUAUAGAAGAAAUAUUUCAUUUUGAGAAACCACAGCAGCAAAGGGAAUACCUAAUGAAAACAACAGCUACAACUAAACAUCGUUGGUUCCCAAGACUUGCAAAGAAAUAUGCCAAGAAAACCAAGCCGGAUCGCGAGUUUUUGUAAUGCACCGUGAAAUGCGUGUAGUUCAGUAAAAAAGAAAAAAAACUAAAAUAAUAAUUAAAAAAAAAGGACAAACAACGACAAAUUCCAAACUU